UCGUGGCCGAAAAUGGAGACGGAUGUGCUGCGUAGACUAGCACCAAAGCUGGGCAUCAGCUCCGCCCGGGUCCUGGGGAAAGCGGAGGAGCUUCUGCGCCUGUCGCAGCUGAAGUGCGCGGGACUCUCGGCCAUGACUACGGCGACGAGCAGCGCGGUCAUGUGUCUACAGCUCGCGGCUACGUCGCUAAAUCACCCCGUGGACAAGGACUAUCUGGUGCGGCUAUCGGGACUCAACAGGAAGGUCUACCAGAGCUGCCUCCAGUCCUUUGAGUGUUUGCUUGGCGUGGAUAACAAAUUGGGCAUCCGAGAGUUGGCCGUACAGUAUGGCUGCAUGGAGGCGGUGAACAUCGCGUCCAAAAUCCUCAGCAGAUAUGAAACCACGCUGCCUCAGGCUCAGCAAGAAGAUCUUGAUCUGUCCAAGCCUUUGUUUAUCACUGCUGCGCUGUACUCUGCUUGCAGGUGUCUGAAGCUGAAAGUGGAAAAGAACAAGUUGGUCGCUAGCUCCGGUGUGAAGAAAGGAAUAUUUGAGCGUCUCUGUACGCAGCUGGAGAAGAUCGGAAUGCAGAUCUGUCAGGAAAGCACGGCCAUCACACAGCAGCCGCGGAAAAAGCAGAAGACUCUCCUGGAAUGUAUAGAACAGAACCACGAUUCGGAGGAGGUGGAAGAAGAGGAGUUCCCACGCAAACAAGUGCGCUCCGAGCCAGAAAGCAAAGAGCGAGACUACGAGGAGUGGAAGAGGAAAAUACUUCAAAAUGCCGCAAAAGCCGCCAAUGGUGAAUAGCACCCGACAGAUGGACGUU